AUGGGCGGAGGACACGGUCUUCGCUCGGUGGUAUAUUAUGUCAACUGGGCGCCAUAUGGACGCAAUCAUCAUCCCCAAGAUCUUCCCGCUGAAAAUCUGACACAUGUUCUCUAUGCUUUCGCCAACGUGCGUCCUGAGAGUGGCGAGGUGUACCUCACAGAUCCGUGGUCCGACACCGACAAACACUACGACGGCGACAGCUGGAACGACGUCGGCACCAAUGUUUACGGCUGUGUGAAGCAACUGUUCCUUCAGAAGAAAAAGAACCGCAACCUCAAGGUACUCUUGAGUAUCGGAGGGUGGACGUAUUCGGCCAAUUUCGCACAACCUGCCAGUACGGAUGCUGGUCGCAAGAAAUUCGCGGAAUCCGCUGUCCACUUGAUGGAAGACCUCGGCUUCGAUGGGUUGGACGUCGACUGGGAGUAUCCCAAAUCGGCGGCUGAAGCUGAGGACUUUGUAAAGCUACUGCAUGAGACCAGGCAGGCUCUCGAUCAUGCUGCUGCUAAACGCCAUCAUCACCACACCCGCUUUUUCUUGACCGUGGCUUGUCCUGCUGGGGCCACGAAUUUUGAAAAGUUGAAAAUCCCCGAAAUGGAUCGUCUACUUGACUUUUGGAAUUUGAUGGCAUACGACUACGCGGGUUCCUGGGAUCAACGAUCGGGACAUCAGGCAAAUCUAUUCCCCUCAAGAUCACAUCCGGAGACGACUCCUUUCAGUACCAUUGCUGCCCUCGAGCACUACACCAGACAUGGGGUACACCCUUCCAAGAUAGUGUUGGGCAUGCCACUGUAUGGCCGAACUUUCACAUCGACCGCAGGACCAGGACAAUCAUACAACGGCGUGGGUGAAGGCAGCUGGGAGCAAGGGGUCUGGGACUACAAAGCACUGCCCAAACCAGGGAGCUCCGAGCACCACGACCCCCAUAUCGGCGCCAGCUGGAGUUACGACCCUUCAUCGAAGACGAUGGUCAGCUACGACACUCCACAAAUGGUAGCUCAGAAGGCUGCGUUCGUGCGAGACCAUGGCCUCUCGGGGUCGAUGUUCUGGGAAUCAUCAGGUGACAAGCCCGCUGGUGCGGGAAGUUUGAUCGAAGCGUUCUUGACUCACAGUGGCGGCUGCACGCGGUUGGAAGACGUCAAGAAUUGUCUGGAUUAUCCGGAGAGUAAAUACGACAACCUGAGGAAUAAGUUUGAAUAG